ACCAUCGACCUUCAUCUACCCUGUUUAGUUAAACAUAAUCCUAAAAAUCUCAAAAGAAAUUUUCUUUUUGUCGUUUUCUUUCUCGAUUCAUUCUCUCAUCGUUGAAAUUAUUCUACCUAAAGCCACCCAUUAUCCGACCAUCAGUCAGCAUUCAAACUUUCCUUCACAAAUUAUACACUUAUAUAAAAAAACCAUCUUUUAUUUUAUUUCCUUAUAAUUGCACAUUUUCUUCUUUACUUGUCGUGUUCUACUGAAUUAUUACAAGUUCAGAAAUUGAUCCAUCUGAACAAAGCUAUAGUCCAAAAUGAUUUAGGAUCUGCUAACAUGAAUCUGUCAUGUAAAUCAUUUCUGUUAUCAAAAUCCACCUGAAGUUUGAUUCUAUCAUCACUACACAAAAAUCUUGGUUUUUUUCUUUUUGUGUGUGUGUGUGGGUACUUUAGAGUGGUUUUAUUGGGUCAGAAAUAAGAAAAAUAAAUGGAUGUAACAGAGGUUUCGAUGAUCCAUCACGUCACCAUUGUGCUGGUUUUACUUUGGUUGUUGAAUUCAUACAAUUGCUGCCACCCAGUUGUUUACUUCAUCUCUUUGAUUUACUUGUACCAGAUUCAUGAAAGAUAUUUUAUGAGAUUAAGGAAAAAGUUGGAAUUUGGAGAAAGAAAAGCAGCCAAUCAAAGAAGGAUACUAACAGAUUCCGAAACAGUAAGGUGGCUGAACUAUGCAGUUGAAAAAAUGUGGCCAAUUUGUUUGGAGCCGCUUAUUUCCCAGAGGAUUUUUCUUCCUAUUAUGCCCUGGUUCCUGCAGAAGUACAAACCAUGGACUGUAAAAAGAGCUGAAGUUCAACAUCUUUACAUGGGAAGGACCCCACCUUUGUUCACUGAUAUGCGUGUUCGUCGUGAUACUACUGAGGAUGACCAUCUGGUUUUGGAGCUUGGCUUGAAUUUCCUAACAGCAGAAGAUAUGAGCGCAAUACUUGUUGCUAAACUGAGGAAGAGACUUGGAUUUGGAAUGGGGGCGAAGAUGCACCUGACAGGCAUGCAUGUUGAAGGGAAGGUGCUGGUUGGUGUGAAGUUCCUACGCUCUUGGCCGUUCAUAGGACGAUUGCGUGUAUGUUUCGCUGAACCUCCAUACUUUCAGAUGACUGUCAAACCACUUUUCAAUCAUGGUCUGGAUGUCACGGAACUUCCUGGAAUUGCUGGCUGGCUGGAUAAGCUGUUGGCUGUUGCAUUUGAGGAGACGCUUGUUGAGCCCAACAUGCUGGUUGUUGAUCUGGAGAAAUUUGUAUCACCUGAGUCUGAGAAUUGGUUCUCCAUGGAUGUGAAGGAACCUCUUGCAUAUGCACAUGUGGAGGUUAUUGAAGCAACAGAACUGAAGCCAUCAGAUCUCAAUGGUUUGUCUGACCCCUAUGUGAAAGGACAUCUUGAGCAAUACAGAUUUAGGACUCAAGUACAUAGGAAGACACUAACUCCAAAAUGGCAAGAGGAGUUCAAGGUUCCAGUUUGUUCUUGGGAUGGACCAAAUGUGCUAGAAUUUGAAGUCCGUGACAAGGACCGCUUUUCAAAUGAUGAUAUUCUUGGAAAUUGUUCAGUGAACAUCAACGAGCUUAGGGAUGGCCAUAGGCAUGACAUGUGGCUGGCUCUUGAGAAUGUCAAAAUUGGAAGAUUACAUCUUGCUAUAACUAUUAUUGAGGCGAAUGAAAAGGGUAAGGAGCAGACGCCUGUAGAGGUCAAGUUUUUGUCAGAGAAAGCCGCAUCACAUCAGAACGAGAUGGCUGAGCAAGGACCUACCUCGACUACAAACCCCCAAUUAACUGCUGAUACAUUUGAACCAAUUGAUGUUGAGGGUCAGAAGGAGACUGGAAUGUGGGUCCAUCAUCCUGGAAGUGAAGUAGCUCAGACAUGGGAACCUAGGAAAGGAAAGAGCAGGCUAACUGAUACUGAGAUCCUCUCAGCGGACACGCCAAAAUCAUCUCGGCUAAGUGACAGUAGUAGUAGUGGUGAUGAUAAUAAAGACGACCACAAAAAAAGACGUGGUAAUAUAUUUCAAAGGGGCUUUGACAAGGUAUUUCACCGGCAUCCCGAGAGUGAAGAUCAAACAACAAGCUGUGAGCCUGAGGCUGUGGAUCCAUCGUUGCAUGCUAAUGUGAAAGCCUCUCACAUUAAGAACGUUGGGCUCAAUCUUGUGGUGGAUAAGGAUCUUUCCGGACCUCUUUCUGGACCUCUUUCUUCCGAUCGAAAACUUGGAGGAGGUUCUAGUAAUGAGGGAAGUGGAGGAGAGAAUUCAGGCAAGUAUCAUGUCAAAGGUAGGGCUAAAAACAUGUUCAAGAGUGCUAGAGAUUCUGCCCGUAAUCUAAAACUGUCAUUUUCAAGGAAAGGAUCCCAGAAAACUUCAGAAGAGGGGAGUCUCUUGGAGUGUGAUUCUUCUGAUGAAGACUCGUUAUCAUCCUCUCUUUACGAUCAACAGCUCGAAGGAACUCCAAUAUCUUCAAGCUCCCUACCAAGAUGUGGUGACGACGGGGUAGAACUUAAGGCUAGCCUUGAUGCACCUGUUCUUAGUGUUGACGGUGUUAGUAGCUCUGAAGGAGAUAGAGAGUUGCAGACAGAGAAUCCUUUGGGAAAAAUAUAGAGGAAAUAUAUUGAAGGGCAUUUUCUUGCUGGCUUAAAAACAGUGAAAUGAUUUUGUGUAUACAAUAGUCUUCUUUUGCUGUAAAGGCUGACAGGCUGUUCAGAUUUUAUAAUGUUCCGACUUCUGCAUACGAGUUGUAUAGAAGUUCUGGAUUAGUGUACAUUGCAGACUCAUAUAGGUGGAAUCUUUUGAAGAUUGUUUUUUUCAGUCCAAAUUUCAGUGAUUGCAAAAAACUUUUCCCGUUA